CUAGGGCGGAAGAGUUGAUAGGUUCGUUACGGAGUUAGGAGUGUUAAGACUGAGAUAUCUCUUGUGGGAAUUAUACUAAAACGCACAUUAUUCAUCAUCAUUAUUCAAGAUGAAAAAGAAGGUAUUAUUAAUGGGCAAGAGUGGCUCUGGGAAAACGAGUAUGCGUAGCAUUAUUUUUGCUAAUUACAUCGCUCGGGAUACCCAUCGUUUAGGAGCAACAAUUGAUGUAGAACACUCUCACGUUCGUUUUCUCGGCAAUUUGGUGCUGAAUUUGUGGGAUUGCGGAGGCCAAGAAGCGUUUAUGGAAAAUUAUUUUGCUUCACAGCGGGAUAAUAUAUUCAGGAAUGUUGAAGUAUUAAUUUAUGUUUUUGAUGUGGAAUCAAGAGAAUUGGACAAAGAUAUGCAUUAUUACCAAAGCUGCCUAGAAGCGAUAUUACAGAAUAGCCCAGAAGCAAAAAUAUUUUGCCUUGUUCACAAAAUGGAUCUUGUGCAAGAGGACCAACGUGAUUAUAUAUUUAGGGAGAGAGAAGAAGAUCUAAAAAGACUGAGUUUGCCUUUGGAAUGCACUUGCUUUAGAACUAGCAUAUGGGAUGAAACAUUAUACAGGGCUUGGUCGUCCAUUGUAUACAUGUUGAUUCCCAAUGUAAAAGAACUUGAGCAAAGCUUGAAUCAGUUUGCCAAUAUUAUCGAUGCGGAUGAAGUUCUUCUAUUUGAAAGAGCGACCUUUUUGGUAAUAAGCCAUUGUCAACGACAAUUUCAUAGGGAUGUUCAUCGCUUUGAGAAAGUUUCCAAUAUAAUAAAACAGUUUAAAUUGAGUUGUAGUAAAUUAGCAGCACAGUUUCAAAGCAUGGAAGUUAGAAAUAGCAAUUUCGCGGCUUUUAUUGAUGUAUUUACUUCGAAUACAUAUGUAAUGGUCAUUAUGUCCGACCCAACUAUACCAUCCGCGGCAACAUUAAUCAAUAUACGUAACGCGCGAAAGCACUUCGAAAAAUUGGAGCGCGCUAGUCAGAGCUCGGCAUUGAGUAGAUAGAAGUCGGCGCGACCCAGGCGCCUCGUCACCCGGGUCCAAUCUGUUAAUAACUGUUGAAUUUAUGAAAAUCAGAAUUUUGCAUUGCCGUUAAGAUAAUAAAACAUGUGAUUAAACGAACAUGUUUGUUAACGAAGUCGGGUCACAAAAUAUACUUUAUAAUGUACAGUUUUCAACAUGAGCGUUUAUGACAAAGUAAGUGUAUAUGUAUAAUUGACGUGUCUGAAGGAGCUUAAUGCAGGCUGGCGGUUAUCGAUAUUUUAGAUCGUAUGUUAUUUAUAUAUUAUAAUAUAUAAAACGAAUUCAUUUAUAUUAUAUAUAUGUAUAUAAUAUAA